ACGUCACGCUCCUAUGAAGACUGAGUGACCAGCCUUUAUCACACACCUCCCAGGAUGACGAUGGCGGCUGAGACUUUUGGCGUACCGCUCAAGAGGGCGUCUGACAUUGAUAUUUUGAAGCCGCUGAAAAAUCUAAUAACAUCACGCUACCAGACGGCAGAGCAGGAAAGUUAUAUAGGUCCCAUAAAUGACUUGGCGAAGCUGAGGACAUUAGCGGUGUGCAGGACGUUAGACUACCAUGAAUCAUCACUGGAGACACUGUACAGGUACUAUGACCAAAUUGUUGCUCUGGAGUCCAAGAUUCCUGCGGCAGAGAUCCAGAUACCAUUCAAGUGGAAGGAUGCUUUUGACAGAGGCUCUAUUUUUGGGGGUCGCAUCAGUUUAACUGUGGCAUCUCUGCUGUAUGAGAAAGUAUGUGUUCUGUACAACAUUGCUGCUCUCCAGAGUCAGGUAGCGGCAGCACAGAGCUCUGACUCUGAUGAGGCCCUCAAAUUGGCAGCUAAGCUUUUUCAGAGUGCUGCUGGAAUUUUCACCCAUUUGAAGGGCAUUGUUCAUUCAGCUGUGCAACAAGAACCAACUCCAGAUCUUCAGCCAGAUACUCUUUCUACGCUGGCUGAUCUAUGUGUGGCUCAAGCUCAGGAAGUCAUCACUGUCAAAGCUAUCAAAGACCGAAUGAAGGAUGCUGUGGUGGCAAAACUCUGCUCUCAGUGUGAUGAUAUGUAUGGAGAUGCUCUGAAACACUUACAGAGAGAGACCCUAAAAAGUCUUUGGGACCGUGAGUGGAUAUCACGUGUGGCUGGCAAACAAGCAGGAUAUCAUGCCCUUGCAGAGUAUCAUCAGAGUAGGGUGUGCAAUAGCAAUAAGGCUGUUGGUGAGGAGAUUGCCCGCUUGAGACAUACUGUUGAGUUGUUUAAGGGUGCACAGACACGCUCAGGAGAGAUUUCAUUCUUCGAAGACCACCUUGGUCGAGCUCAGCGUGCUCUUGAAGAAGCUGUGAAGGAUAAUGACUUCAUAUACCACGAGAGGAUCCCAGAUAUAAAAUCAUUGCCAGGAAUUGGCAAAGCCCCGGUUGCUAAGCCAACUGCAAUACCAGAAAAGUUCUGCUCCAACUUCACAGAUCUCUUUGAAACCUUAGUACCCGUUGGGGUUCAACAAGCUAUUGUAAGUUAUGACACUCGCAAAGAGGAAAUAGUGACCACGGAAAUUGGAAAACUCCGAGAGAGUACACAGUUGCUGAACUCAAUCCUCGCCUCACUUAACUUGCCUGCUGCUAUUGAAGAUGUUGGGGGAGAGAAGGUUCCUCAAUCCUUGUGGGAGAAGUCAACUAGUGUAGUUAAUGCUGGAGGGUGUGAGGCGCUAAACAAAAUGAUCACAGAGUUGCCUGACCUCUUGGUUCGUAAUAGAGAACUCCUUGAAGAAUGUGAAAGACAGCUGAAUGAAGAGAGAGAGUCAGACAACCAGCUGCGCACCCAGUUCGGAGAACGGUGGACGCGAAUACCCUCUGAAAAACUCACUACCACAUUCCAAACUAAUGCACAGAAGUACAGGAAGGUUAUAGACACUGCUGUUGAAGCUGACAGUACCAUCCGUGAAAAGUAUGAUGGGCAUAAGGAAGGCAUGGAGCUUCUGUCUGCUGGCCCAGAAAAUGUGGGUGCUGCCUUGCCUUCUGCUGGAGCUAGUACCAAUGGCAGCAACCCUGCUGUCCAGAGACUAAAGCAGCUCAUGGAAGAUGUUGAAACCCUUAAAGCUGAAAGAGAUGCCAUCGAGUGUGAAUUAAAGAGUGCUACAAUAGAUAUGAAGGAUGUCUUCCUGAAUGCACUUGCUCAAGAUGGAACAAUCAAUGAGGCAGCAAUUUCGACUGAGAGUCUGGGUCGUGUGUUUGGUCCUCUACAGAAGCAGGUGAAGGAGAGUGUGGAGCGCCAAGAAAGCUUAGUGAAAAACAUUCAGGAGGCCCAUGCUGAUUUCUGCAAAGCUGCAACUGGUGUUGGAGGUGAACGUGAGGCAAUGUUGAAGAAAUUGGCUGCUGCUUACGAUAAUUUCAAUGAGUUGAAGAGCAAUCUUACUGAGGGCACUAAAUUCUAUAAUGACCUAACACAGUUGCUGGUUAAUUUCCAAAGUAAAAUUAAUGACUUCUGUUUUGCCCGACGUACUGAGAAAGAAGAGUUAAUGCGGGACCUGACCCAGGGACUAGCAAAUCAGAAUGUAGGCUCAGCUCCUAAUCCUCCAGCUCAUCACCAAGAGGCACAAGGUAUGCAGAAAGUUGCUCCACCACGCCCUCCCCCACCUUCUGCUAACCCUUACCAGGGAGUGCCUCAGGGUGCAAACCCGUUUGCACAAGCACCACCUGCACAAGCACCACCUGCACAAGCACCACCUGCACAAGCUCCAGCAGCUGGAGUACCUCCACCUUAUGGUGCCCCACAACCUGGGAACUUGCCAUAUCCAGUGAACCCUGCAGGGAUGCCUGCUCCACAAGGAUAUGUAUACCAGAGUUAUCCUGUCUACACUCCAAUGCCUCAGGGAUAUAACCCAUAUUUUCAGCAACAGCCUCAGCAGGCAGGUGGUUAUCCAGGUGGCUAUCCUGCUCCACCAUAUCCACAACAGCCAUAUUCUAACUAUCCAUACCCCCCUCAGCAACAGCAGCCAUGGUCUCAACCAUAAAGGUACAAGAGUGCACUUUCCAUUGCAAACUCUCUUUAUUUACUUAUAUACAUAAGCAUCACAGAUAAAGUAAAAAACAACAACAACAAUGAUUUAAACAAGAUAUCCCAGAAUAGAUGUAAUGCCUAUGUGACAAGGCCCAUCAUAAAAACAUAUUCUAUUGCAAAUUUUUUAUUUAUUAACUUUUAAAUUGCAGUUGAUCAGUACAUCCCUGUUUUCAAGUGGUUUUAAAAUUAUAUUAGCCAGAUUAGCAAUUGAAUCCAGACAUGUUGAAUUAUGUGUUGGGUGUUGAAAAUAGAUAUAAAUAUGAAGUGGUCAGUUAACCCUUAAAGGGCAGGUUUAUUUAUGUGCACUGUCUGCCUAGGACACUAUAUUUUGUUAAUUAGAUAAUGGAGCAAAUCGCAUAAGAUAAAAAUGUUAAAAUACAUGUAGAAUGUGCCCUAAUAAUUUCUUGGGGAAAUCACGAGUUGAACUGGGAGUAACUACAUAUUUUUCCAGCUCUGGAAUGAGCUGCCAGAGUCGUCAUAGUAACUAGACAACAGCACAGCCACUAGCGCACCCAAACAAUGGCGCAAAAAACUUUAUCGUGUGAUGUCUGCCGCCCUUUAUACGUUUUCCUCAAACAUCCUAUGUCUGCUGCCCUUUAAGGAUUAGAUAUUGUCCCAAAUGGCUUUUAAUUUGAAAAAGUUGUGCACUAGGAGA